UAUAGUUAUCUCAUGGAAGUAUAUAACCCAUUUUCAUCGUUAACGUUUUUGCAGAAAUCAAUGGCGGAAUUAGAAGCAAAAGUGAGCGAGAGUGUAAUAAAAGCGUGCACAAGAACGGCGUCAGUGAGAAAAUGUGUCUUCACAUCAUCUCUCUUAGCAUGUGCUUUGCAAAACAGUUCCUUCAACAAUCUUGAUCACUCUGUUAUCAACGAGGAGAGCUGGAGCGAUGAACAACUCUGUAUCGAUAAUAAGCUUUGGUAUGCACUUGGAAAACUGAAAGCUGAGAAAGCUGCGUGGAGAAUCGCAGAUUCAAAAGGAUUAAAGCUUGCAACUAUAUGUCCUGCUCUUAUAACUGGUCCUGACUUCUUCAACCGUAACUCCACUUCAACCUUGGCUUAUCUCAAAGGAGCAAAAGAGAUGUAUAGCCACGGAUUAUUAGCGACAAUGGAUGUGAACAAGUUGGCUAAAGCUCACGUAUGCUUGUGGGAAGGUUUGGGUAAUAAAACCGCUUUUGGUAGAUACAUUUGUUUCGACACCAUUCUCUCUAAAGAUGGUGCUGAAAAUCUUGCUAAAGAUAUUGGUAUUCAAAUCGAAAAGAUUUGCGGUAGCAGCAGCGAUUCAGACGCAAACGCAGACGAAGAAGCUUCUCCUUCUAAUUUACAAAUAUCAGAUAAAAAGCUACUAGAUCUUAUGUCUAGAACUCUACGAAGUUGCUAUCAUGAGAGUUAGCUGGAUACGACAAAAAAAUAUUAAAAGAAAAAUCUAAAAGGAGUAGUUCUAAGCUAAAUAAUGUGAUGUCUGCUCUUAUUCUUUUUUUAUUUUUAUUUUUAAAUGUUAUGUAUUACUAUCAUAAAUUUAUUUUUCUUAUAAGUAAUAAUCAGUAUUGACAAAAUAAAAGAAAUGGUCACCAUUAUUGACUUAUUGUUAACUUGUUGUUGUGCGAAUGUGGUUGUUGU